AUGUCUGAACCACCCCUGGCUUUGCCAGAAACUGCCAGCGAUAAGUCUCCUCAAGCGAACAAAAAUGUAUCUGUCUCGAACAAGAAUCAGAACGCAUAUUUUCAACCCACAAGAAAUAUAGAACAAGUUAUGGAAUCAGUACAAAAGGAAUUUACAGUUAACACAGAUGAGCAUACAGAGAACUCGGUGCUUAAGGAAUUUGGUGCACUAAAACUCACUCCUAAGAAUGUUCCAGAUGAAUUCACCGGAUCAGAAAAGACGGUGCAGGAAUCAGGAGUGCAGCGAAUUGAAGGACACAGGUCUUCAUCUAAAGAAAAAUCCAUAGAUGCGUUGGAUUUGCAGUCUGGUUUGGCUGGUUCCAGCAAGAAAUAUCCAGUUGCUCAAAGGCCGUCUGAAAUUACUCCAGAAUCUAGCAUUUCUUCGCACAUACUACAGACCUUUCCAGAAAAGAAUGAUGAAUCGAGUCCAGAAUGUACUAUCGAGGCACGUACAUGCUUGAAUGAUGAUAAAGCAGACAGAGACGAUCCCCUUUCAUCUUGUACUACAAACGCGGGUUCAUCAUCAUCAGCCUUAUUUACACAAUCAGCUGAAUCAUCCGGAUCAUCCACACAGUCUUCAUCGGCAGCGGGAUCUGCCAAUGCAUCUGAUUCGUCACCCGAGUCUUCCCCAUCACCAAUUCUUGAAGCAGCAAAAGUCUCGGAGCAGAGUCUUGAUUUGAAUGAGGAAAGUAUUGGUUCUGAAUCUGUGCAAAGUAUUGGGAGUGAAGGAAAUUUGCAUGCGAAUAAUGCACAGCCUGGUGUGGAUGCCCCAACCUUUCCUGUCACUGGUGCUGCAUCCGAUGAUAUUUCCAAAGGCCACAAUCAGGAUUCACUGAUCCCUAUUCCGGUCAUCGGAAAUAGGGCUAUGCUUUUCAACCUGAAUCAUAUCAAGCAUUUGCGUGUUCACCAUGGAAUUAUUGGACUCCUCUCGGGUUCAUUACCCCUUGCACCGCAACAAAAUACAUUGUUGGGACUUCCACUAACACUCUCAAUAUAUGAGGUUUUAUAUCUUCUAUUCAAUGGCGUGUGCUAUCUUAUUGAUGGAUCAAAAUCUGAGCGUGAGCUUCUCACCGAAGUCUCACAAAACGACGAGAAACUUGAUGAGAUGGAUCAGCUGUUUGCAGAUGAUGUUGCCGAACAGAGGCGGCUAAGACAACUACAGUUUGAGGAGAAAAUGAAAAAGCUUGGUUUGGAUAGUAAGAGGCAUCCUCGGAAAUCUAACAAUAGAGGCUCUUCUGAGACAAUCUUUGUGAAGACACUAGACAACGAUUCCCAAAUCGGAGGAUUAUAUAAGCGUACGGACUCGUAUCGCGAUAAUGAAACAGUCCAGAAAGUUCUUCUGUCAAGGUUGCUGAAAACAGCCACGAACGCCACUCUGUCAACAAUCUACGAAAACUUUAGGGUUUUCAACUAUAUGAAACUAAACUUCCACCAUACGUUGCUACCAGGUGUUCGUUUUGGAGGAAAAUUUGUUUCUUACCCCGGAGACCCACUCAGAUACCACUCGCAUCUGAUUGUUGACACGCGGGAUUAUUACAAUGAUGAUAUUGACAUGCUUGAUAUCACAAAUAGGGGUCGUCUGGCCACAGGUGUGAAAAAGCUUUGGCUUAUUUGUGGUCAACGGCGUAGAACCACUCAUUCUGCCAAAGAGAAGACUACCGAGCUUUCUGAUCCCGCCAGUUUUCAAGGUUACCGACUCGUUACCGAGUUAUUUGGUGGCAAAGAGCACAACCCGCUGAGAGAUACCGAGACUGUUUGUUUUUCAAUUGAAUGGUCUGGAUUUGGCUGA